AUGGGGCGAUACUUAUCAGCAGUCAGUGCUUUUGCGAGUGGAUUGUUAGAGUAUGAAACGCAAAAGGUGGUACAGAUUCACUCUUUGAAGGUGGGCAUAACGUUCCGCCUCAUCCAACUGGGCAUUAUCCUCUAUGUGGUCGUGUGGGUGAUGAUUUUUGAGAAGGGCUAUCAACAGUUUGAUCACGCAGUCAGCGGCGUAACGGCAAAGCUGAAAGGUAUUGCGUUCGCCAAUGUUACGGACAAUCCAGCUAUUGGUGCGUCUGUUUGGGACGCUGCGGACUAUGUGAUUCCACCACAACAAAAUUCGGCGUUUUUUGUAAUGACUAAUCUUGUUUCCACACCAGGACAAUCACUUGGACGUUGUGAAGAGUCACAUGAUGUGUACGGUAACAACUGCUCGAACGAUACGCAGUGUACCGCCGGUCAUCUUGUAAUGACCGGGAGUGGAGUCCAGACUGGUCGCUGUGUUCCUUCAACCAGACAGAAGGGGCUGAAAGUUUGUGAAAUCUACGGUUGGUGUCCAACGGAACACGAUAUCACACCCAAACCCCAUUUGCUAGCUUCAGCUGAGAAUUUUACCGUGAUGUUAAAAAACAGUAUUGAAUUUCCGCGUUACCGUGUGAAGCGCCGCAAUAUACUCAAGUGGAUGGAUAAAUUAUUUCUCAAGACUUGCCGUUACAAUCCAAAUGAUGAGCGGCUAAAGUUUUGCCCGAUAUUUCGUCUCGGAGAUAUUUUAAAGUAUUCAGACGCCCAAAACAAGAACCUAUGGCAGAACGGGGGUAUGGUAUCAAUCCACAUUGAGUGGACCUGCAAUCUGGAUUUUGACGUAGAGAAAUGUGUUCCAAAAUAUGUGUUUCGUCGUUUGGAUGAUUUUGAAAGCCCAGUAGCCAAAGGAUGGAACUUCCGUUUUAGCCAGCACUACAUGGAGAAUGGGACACACAAACGAAAUCUUAUCAAAGCACACGGCAUACAAUUCUUCAUCACUGUGUAUGGAAAAGGUGGGAAGUUUAAUAUCAUCCAAUUUUCUAUGAAUUUGGGCUCCGGGCUGGCGUUAUUGGGAAUCGCCACUGUGUUGUGUGAUAUGAUUGUCCUGAACACUACUCGGAAACGGGAACUCUAUCGGAAGGCUAAAGUAGAUCUGAUUGCGCAACGAAAAGCGAAAGAGCGGCUUAGCAAGCAAAUUCGUGAGUUGGAAAUGCAGAAGAAGGCAAAGUUGAGAGAAGCAACCGAAGACGCAGAAGUUCAAGUAGAACAGGAAGAUCAGGAUCCGUACAAGCCAAACAAAAACACGUCAGAACAAAAUCUAGUGCACAAAAUUUCGUCAGGUCACCCAGACAGCAGACUAUUGUCGCCAAAGCGUGUAUCGGACAAGUGCUGGACUGAUGAGACCUGUGUGGUUCCGUCGACAAGUUUAGAACGCACGAACCAAAAGUCCAAUCAUUUUCCUAUCGGCCAGCCAAGCUUGUUGGGUUUCUGUAUUCCUGACGCAAACAAACCUGUCCCAGAAGCUCUAGGAUGUGCUUAUACUCAAAAAACACCAAACGAAAGACCGAUACCACAAUACAAUUCAAAAGAAGAGGUGCCAGUUAGGCAGCAUGUAGACAACAGUGAGUACAUUCCACAAAGUUUAAACAUUCCAUUUGGUCCACCUACUACUAAAAAGAGAAAUCCACGGUUUUGA